CUAGCAAUAACUUGUCAUGUGAUGUUCAAAAUGUCAACAUCAUUGUGUGCUGCACUAAAUGUCGUUUUUCUUCAUGUAUAAAGAAGAAUAUAUUAUAAUACUAAUUUCUUGAAGUUGUUUUUAAAGUAACUUCAUGUCAGUUGUUUGUUUUUCGGCUGUCACUGCGCAGGAUGGACGUGAGGUCUCACUCUGCUCGGUCCUCUCUGGUUCUCAGCUUGGCCGCUCUGCUCCGGAAUGACGGUGACUUGGUGCUGGAUGGUAGCAGCACGCUGACGUUGCCGGUGACCAUCUUGCAGCAGUUAACCAAGCUGUUUGGACAGUAUUUGCAGUUGAGGAGUCAGCAGCACGGCUUCCUGGCGCUGCCCUCCCACCCAGCGGAAACCGACUCCCUGCUGCAGUUGCAGUUUCUGUUCGAUGUCCUGCAGAAGACCAUCUCUCUUAAGCUCAUCAACCCAGCAGGUGUGAGACUUCAGUCUGUGGUGAAGAUCUUCCCGUUCAAGUCUUUAAAGAUGUUGGAGUUGAAGUGUGUCCCCCCACACUGUCUGGAGGGACUGAGAGGAGUUUACUCCCAGCUGGAAGUUUUUACCUGCUCAAGGAGCCUCAGCUCCCUGGAGGAGCUGCUUUCCCUCUGCGGUGGAGAUCUGAGCUCUGCACUACCUUGGCUGGAGCUGCACACACUUAACUUCAGCUACAACUCCAUCUCUUGCCUCGAUCAGUCCCUCAGUUUACUGAAUGCCCUAAAGUCACUGGAUUUGAGCUACAACAACAUUCAAGACUGUGCUGAAUUUCUGAAGCCACUGAGUGAGCUACAGCACUUGAACCUGGGUUACAACUACCUGCAGAGGGCGCCAACGCUGAGCCUGAGUGCCCGGGUCAAGCUGGUCUCGCUCAUCCUUAGGAACAACAGGCUGGAGGCUGUCAACGGUGUGGAGCUUUUGUCCUCACUCCAGCAUUUAGACUUGGCCUAUAAUCUGCUACUGGAGCAUUCCCAGCUGGCUCCUCUCUCUCUGCUGCACUGCCUGCACACACUGACUCUGGAGGGUAAUCCUCUCUACUUCCAGCAGACUCACCGCACGUGCACUGUGCAGCAUCUGUCUCCAAAAGCCAUCAAACACAGAUUCAAACUCAAUGGCACCCUGCUGUCUUCAUCAGAGUUAUCAGUUCUGCCAAAACCAGGGCAGCUGAUAGUCCAGACACAGACCGCUGCUCCUGUUGCCGUGCCAAUGGAACAGAAUAAACAGGAUGCAUCAAGUGGUGCUGGAGAGCUGAGUGACAGCAUGUCGGUCAGUGAGACGGGAGCGUCACACAUUCGAAAGAAGAAAGCAAGGAGUAAAGUGAAAGUGAGGAGGGCCAGCAUCUCUGAACCCAGCGAUACAGAUUAUGAGCCUCACUUGCUGCCUGCCACACAGGGUUAUCCUCUUCCCCAUCAGCAGGAGAUUGAGCGCAUGUCCACCUUCAGGGACCAGCUGGGUGAGGACUGGCUGAGGUAUCAACACCAUCUAGAUGGAACGCCACCCUUGACCUUCAUCGCGCCUGUCAAUCCAGAUCAACAUCACAACCUCCCCAAUGGUCUCUGUACCACCUUCCACACACAACCAGAAAGGCUUGAAGUCCAGGAUGUCGUUUCACCUCCACUGCUUUCCACGGAGCCCAAAACAGAGACGUCUGACCGGGAGGUCGAACAGGAAACAGACUCCACCUUACAGUGGCCCAUCCAGAGCCCAGUACACACACAGUCCACUUUAGAGGAAAACAUGAUGCUCAGCAAGGAAGUGCCGAAGUCACACGAGAUGGAGAGUCUGGUGUGUAUGACAGCCACUGGGAUGGAGGGAGGCGACUCCCUGGAGGAGAUUGAGGAGGAAGAUGUCGGAGUGGACCUUUGUCUCCCCCUGCUGGUGGGUGUGUUGUCUGACAAAAAUGAAGGGCGUGAGGAGGACCAGAGGAGGACGGAGGUGUUCCUGCGUAUCAAACAGGACGUGGUGCUGGAGGUGGACGUGCAGCGUGGCCUGGAGAGAUGUCGUCUGGAGCUGGACAGUCUGACCCGGGUGAAGACCACAGAGGCCAUGUGGCCCCGUGGGGGAGCUGAAGAGACACUUCCUGCUGUGAAGCUGCAGUUUCAGUACAUCAGCAAGGAGAAGAGGAGGAGAUGCUAUGUCCUGCUGGACGAUGACCCACAGCAGGCGCUGCAGGCUCUGACCGACGUGCUGUCUCGUGUGGUGGAGGAAAACCGACGGCGAGAGUCCAAGUUCCGCCCCAGCUGCGUUCGCCUGCAGUGCCUUCGAUGCAGGUCAGAGUUCACGCUUCAGGGAGCAUCAAGCGAAGAAGAGGAGGGUGAAAGAGCUCAUAAAAGAGUGGUUGCUAUGCUACCAGAAGGAGCUGACCAAUGGGAUGGAAACCAUCCUGAGUCGGUGUGUGACGACAGAGCAGGAAACUGUAGAACAUGUGCAGCUUGUGGAAGUGACCACGUAGUCCAGAUAGCUGAUCAGUCACCUCUCUGCAGCAGUACCCCCAUCCAGCAUUCACAGAGGCCGGACACUGAGGAUGAUCAGAUUGACGCAAUUGAGAGAGCUCAGAGCAACAAUAAGGUUGACUGCACAGAUGUCAGUGUUUCCAGUAGUCCCAUCGUGGAAGCUGCCACCACUUCAGACGAUCCAACCACAUCUUUUGUCACUGCCAGAGGAAGCUCCUUCUUUAUCGGGGAUGGCGAAGGUGAUACAUGGCCUGUGCAUGACCUCACUUCCAUCUCGAAGUCUCAAAGUAAAGAGGAACUGGCUGGAAGCUACCACUACACCACCAUCAAUGACACACCACCUGAAGUCCAGUAUGCUGGAAGAUCCAGUCCGAAUGACCUUCUAUGUGAGGGCUACGAGGCAGUGGACCAUCGGCUGAAGCUGUUUCUGGAUGUGGAGAUCUUUGAGGAGGAAGAGGAGCUUCACUCUUUUCUUCAGGUGUCGGCUGUCAAAUUCGGCGAGCCAGGAGAGGUUCCUACUGUUCUGGUGGUGUCAAACCAGCGAAUCUAUUUCCUGAAAGUUGCAUCAGAAAAUCUCCAAGACAAUCUCUCUGAUUGGCUGCAAAAGAGGGACAGCUACCCGCUUAUGGAGCUCAGUUACCUGGAAGUGGGCCUUGGGUCUCAGAGCAUCCACAUGGAGUUCGGAGAAGCGGGCGAGGCCUACACGCUGCUGGUUCGGGACAGUUUGCACUGCAAACGUUACUUUGGCCUUUUGACAGGAAUUGUGCGUGAGAUGGCUCACAAGUCAGACAGCCAGCUGAAGUCCAUCUCCACCACCAGACUCACGCCUCAGCACCACCUCUGGCCUCUUGUGUGUGAAGACAUUCAGGCAGAUGUGGAGGAAGGUCAACUGCAGUUCUUCUACCUUCUGGCUUUUGUCCUCCAAGAGGACAUUUGGAAACCCUUGACGGUGCUGUCAACACGGGAAACCCUGUACCUGCUCAGUGAAGACCACCAGUGGAGGCGGAGCAACCUAACAGCCAAUGGAAAUGGAGAAGCAUGCAGCGGCGGGGUCACUGUGUUAGAAAGCCUGCCAAUCAGCUGUGUGAGCUCAGUCCAACUGUGGGUGUUGGACCCGUGCAGAAUGGACCUUCAGCUUUACAAUGAGACUGUACAACAGGAGAAGACGUGGCGUGUGCGCACAGAGAGCGCUGAGCUGCUUCAGGGUCUGCUGUCGUGGAUCAGAGCUCAGUGGGAGGCCAUGUUCGGAGUGAAGCUGCACACGAGUCUGCAGGAUGGAGCGGCCUGAUUGGGGGGGACUCAGUGCCUCUUUAUUUGUCUGACUUCAUCGUCUUUUCAGCCAAAAACCUUGAAGUGAUUGUGUGUGUUCAUGCAGCAGCCUGUAAAAGUGAACAUUUUCUCCAGCAGAAACGUUGUGUGCCUCGUUUCUUUUCCAGUUUUUUGUUUAUUCAAAAGCACCUUAAACUCCUCGCGGUUUAAUAGCGGGCUUGUGGGUUCGAGCUCAAAGCUGGCGGUGGUGGUGGGGAGGGGGGACUUUUUUGGGAGACUCACUGAAGUCUGCAGAGCGUCGAGCGGGGUUUGGGUUUGUGUUCGGGUUGGUCUGACCCUGUGAAGGUCCUCGUCAUGUGCUGUGCUGGGCACGAGCUGCAGGGGCUUCUGGGAAAAAAAAAAAAUCUGACUGCAUACCUUCUUCUUCCCAAAUAAGGUCAUGUGACAGGAACAAAGAAGUCCAGAAA